AUGAAAACUUUGAAGAAAUUUUUUAAUGUUGUAAGUAGUCUUAGAGGUACCAACGGUUUUGGAUGGAAUGACACAAGAGAAAUUGUGACUGCACCUAAUGAUGUAUGGAAAAAGCAUAUCCAGGAUCAUCCGGAAUACAAACAAUGGAGGACAAGGUCUCUUCCACAAUAUAAUGAACUAGCUAUGAUAUUUGGUGAUAGUAGGGCGACUGGAAGGCAUAGCAGGUUUAGGGAUAAUAAUAAUCAGGACAACCAUGAGGUCAACGAGGACCGAGAUGAUAAUACUCAAGACCCGAAUGAGAAUGUUGAAGACCAUAACGAGAAUACGUAUGAAAACGGCAAUGUUAGUGAUGAUGAUACAUCUGAACUGCCAAAAAAACCCAUAACUUCAAUAGGUUCUAGUUCUCGUUCAUUUAGAAAGACGAAAGAAAGUACUGGAGAAGGGAUGGUGGAAGCAAUUCAUUUGAUGGCAAGUGCCGUCAACAAUAUAGCGAACAAAAAAGAGGAAAACAGUAACUCUUCUCUAGAGAAAAAUGUAGUUGCUGCUCUUGAGGAACUAAACUUAGAUGAGUUUUUAUUCAUGCAAGGAUUAGAGUUUUUGGAAGAUGAGAAGAAAUCAAAGAUUUUUAUAGCGUUGAGUGGGGAUAAGAGACAACGUUGGUUAUUAUCAAAGCUUAACUUUACCGAUUACUAUUAA